CGUGGGCGAGGGCGAGGGUUACUGAGGCAGUUGGUGACUGCUUUGUCUUGUUGAAAGCGGAGCUUUCUUUGCAGAGACGCUAGUGGCAGAGGUAUCACCGAAGUGCGAAGUGCGUGCACACUGAGACGCUAAGGAGAUACGCUGCCUGGUUUACUCACCCAGCACCUAGUGUUGUCAGCAAAAUCCCCAAGCAACUUGCAGGCAAGGGAAGGGAGGAGGUGACGAUGCAGCUAGAGCUGGAGGCCAGCCCCCCUGAAGAGGUGACCCUCACCGAUCAUUACAUGAUCCUCAGGACCCUGGGCAAAGGCAGUUUUGCUGAGGUGAAGCUGGCCUGCCACCUCCACACAGGGGUUUGGGUUGCUGUCAAGGUCCUGGAAAGGGGCGAGAAGAACGACUCUGUUAUCAUGACUGAAAUCGACAUUAUUAAGUCCCUGGACCACCCAAAUAUCAUCAAGCUGUUCCAUAUCAUUGAAACCAGAGAGCACACCUACAUGGUGAUGGAGCACGCUGCUGGGGGAGACCUGGUGAGCCACAUCGAGAAGGUGGGCUGUCUGCAGGAGGAAGAGACCCACCGCAUCUUCACACAGAUGGUGUGUGCCGUCAACUACUGCCACGAGAACAGCAUCGCACACAGGGACAUCAAACCGGACAACAUCCUGCUGGAUGGCAGAGGGAGUGUCAAGCUGUGUGACUUUGGCCUGGCCAUCAAAGUCACAUCCGGGCAGAGGUUCAAGGGGUUCUGCGGCACCCUGGAGUAUUGUGCUCCGGAGAUUUUCACUGACGUGGAAUACGACGCGCAGGCAAACGACAUCUGGAGCUUGGGGGUGGUUUUGUACACGAUGGUGACAGGGCGCUUCCCUUUUGAGGCAAAGACCUAUUCCCAGAUGAAGGAGAAGAUGCUGAACCCCAAGUACUCCAUCCCACCCAUGCUCUCGCCACACAUUGCAAACCUCAUCGUGCAGUUGUUCACCGUGGACCCAGACCAGAGGCCCAAGAUCUGUGACAUUAUGCAGCACCGGUGGCUCAGGGGUGGUGAAGACCUUUCCAAACUGGCAUCUUCUUUGGAGGCAUGCCCUAGCAACCCAGCCCCCAGCAUUGUAGUGGCUAUGUGGGCUAUGGGUUACAGUGCCAAGGACAUCCGAGAGUCUUUACGUGAAAAAAAAUUCAAUAACAUCAUGGCAACUUACCUAAUUUUAAAACAUCAGUCACCCUGGGGGGACAAUGCUGGGCACCAAACAAAGCCUGUGCCACAUGUUGCCAUGACACCCAAAGGCCCGCCCACCUUCCAUCUCCCCCUAAAGAGGACAGGGAGCGAGUCUGCUCUUCACAUCUUCACCCUGACAACCAGAGACCAUGCGUCUGACAAUGCCAAGCUUUCAAGGAAGAAGGGCUGCAAAAGCCCCAGCAUGCCUGACGUCCCGUGCUGCCAGCACAUGAGAACUCUUUUUCCUGACACACAUCCCCGGCAUGCUCCCGUGGCUGCUCAGCUCAUGAACAGCAGCUUUUGGGAGACCAGCAUGACCUCCAAAGGUGUGUCCUUGGGUAACACAUCCUCAGAGGAUGUUUUUUCUGAAGUAUCCUACAGAGCACCCCAGAUUGUGGUCACCACCGAGAACAGCCCACCACGCACCCAGAAUAUGCCAUUUGGAAAGAACUCGGGGGACGGGCCCUGGAGUGUGACCACCAAUGGCACAUGUGAGAAUAACAGGCGUGGGUCCCAUCAGGAAACACCUUCUGGAGAAAAAUUCUCAGGUGCUCAAGCGCAGAGCGCAAAGACAGGCUCUUCCCACGGUCUACACCAAGGCUGGAAGAGGGUUAAGAGGAGGAUGGGGAACUGUGUGCGGAGACUAUGCUGUUGCCUGCCAGCCCAACAAACAAGCCAGGUUUUCCAGAAGACAGUGACUCCAGUGGAGGGGGAAAGCAACGGAGUCACACAAAACGAGCAUUGGGCCUCUGUGUACGCUGACGAUGGGGAUGGGCGUCAGCCUCAUGCAGACUGAGACAGCUGCACCAGGAGCCACGUAGGAGGUGCUGGUGGCCAUGUGACUGCACGUCCAUCAAAGAGGCCGCUGUCCUGCCAUGGAGGGGGACAAGGCCAGCAGGCGGAAGAGAAAAAUAAAUGUUCCCAAGUUUGGCUGGGCCUCUGAGUUGGCACUCUGCUUCAGAAAGGCUGUUCCUGGAGCUGGUGACCUACUACCUAGUUCCUGGAACUGGUGGCUUUCUUUCUGAAAUCAAUGGAGACAAAUGGGGUUUAUGUUGUCCUGUCACCAGUGGCCACCAAGUCCAUCUUCUUUGGAUUCCAGAACCGUGAACACAGGUCACUCACAUCUGUCUGACCUCACAGAUGCUCCAGAAAACCUGCCUGAGCAGACUAAGAAAGUGUUUCAGUAGAGCCUUGAGAAGUGAGUGCAUGUCUGUGCCCGACUGCUGGACUGGAUCUCCUGAAGACAGUGACCAUGGACCCCCAGUUCCAGGGUGCAAAUGCUAAUGUGAAGAUGGAAACUUGGGGCCUCCAGUACUUACGAAGAGCCUCAGUGAUGCAGCAAGUGCUAAGGGGAAAGGACAGAGACCUGACACAUGGAAGGGAUCAUGGAGCCCAGCAGCAGACCCACCUAAAUGACUAAAACAGUUUCACAUGGAAGCUGUUAAAGUCAUAGAAGAAGCCGUUUUUGGAAAGUAGAAAGCCUAGAGCUGCCACACCAUCUCCACUCCACAUACACUACUGGAUGUGAGCACACCCUGCCACUGCCCCAUGAACACUGCUGGGCACCAGGCCUUGCAGGACACCCCACAUAGCCCCAGCACCCACUGUAGGCCUUUGCUGAUGCUUCUCAAUAGCACUGCCAGUUAAAGGCUCUACUUGACAUUUCCUCCCCAAGAGUUCUGCUAGGUGUUAAGCCCCGCUGGACACCUUCCUCCAGCCCCAUAAACCCUCUUGUCUGUCUCCGGUCCUGUUG